GCCAGUCGAGCGCCGCCCGUACGCCGCACCCGCAGCCACGCGCCCGAGGCCGAGCUCCCGAGCGCGCCGCCGCCUCGACCUCGCGACCCGCCGGCGACCGGAUCCUCGCCGGAGAUGAGUGCCGCUGUGCCCUGCUCCCCCCUCUAUUCCCCUGUCUCCUUUCACCUCGCUCAUCCCCCGAUUUCUUUGUCCCCAGGACGAACAGGAGCAUGCCAUGGCCUCGGAUCCGCGCCGCCGUCGCCGGAGAACGUCGUCCGCCACCGGUUCUUCGACCACAACUACCGGAUCAAGUUGCCCCGCCUCCGAUCUACCCAUUCCCGGCCACCCCAACCUCGCCUCGUCGUCGGGCGCGCAGAGAGACGGCUAUGGCCGCAAGAUUUCCGAGCGCCGCCGGCCAAGGUGGCCGACCGUGGCCGCCCGAUGCACGAGCGCCGCCGGCGUCCAGACUCCCUCCACGCCAUCCCCAUCUCGCCAGAGACCUGCUCCACGUCUGGCCGCCCGAUGCCCGAGCGCCGCCGGCCAAGGACACGCCGGCGGCGCGUCAACUGUGUGCCGCCCUCCAAACAGCACUGGUCAUGGGUGUACAUCUGUACACCCAAAAAAUUCUGCAAAAAAUCCAUUUAUAUAGGUCGCCGCUGCACCCCCACCUUGCCCGGCCUCUCCUACGGCCCUGGCCUCCCACUCUUCACUCAUCUGCCCGGCGGCGGGAAGUUACAGGCGUUGGAGUCCCUUCUGGUCACUGGUGAUUUAGACUUUGUCAUCGGGACAUAUGAAGCAAAGGUCUACAUUUUUAGAGCAAUCCCAGAUUAUGAAAGCGACCAAACUUCCGAUGACUCUGAGGAUGAAUAGAAGUGAAGAUGUGUGCUUGCAAUACAAUGUUUGAUCGGAGCGCAGUUUGUUAGAGAAGCAAUUUCUUCGAUGAUGCUGGAGACUCGGCUAAUGCAGUUUCGUGCUGGUUGCAUGUAGAAUCGUCGCACUCUCGGUCUCAGUGUAGCAGGAUUUUUAACCUAGAUAGGAGUAGUAUGUAGCAGAUCGUGGUGCAGACCUUGUAUGGGUUGAACAAUGAACUAAUGCAUCUAGGCUGAUGAUGAUGGUCUCGAGUGCAUUUUUCGUGACCGUUCCUGUUUGUUUGA